AUGGGGAGUGUUAGCAAUCAAGGCCAGCUGGAAAGAUGUCGUAUCGGCGUCGAUGUUGGAGGUACCAAUACGGAUGCUGUGCUUAUCUCAUUAUCGCCAACACAGAUAGUCGCCUCACAUAAGGCACCGACCUCCUCGGAUGUGACGACUGGAAUUGCCGAAGCUGUCCGCGCUGUCAUUGAUGCGAGCAAUGUCCCGUUGGAUGCUAUCAGCUGUGUCAUUAUUGGAACAACCCAUUUCGUCAAUGCUGUUGUGCAGCGGUCGUCUUCACUCCAACGUGUCGGAGUGGUGCGUUUAUGUGGCGGUAGUAAAGAAGGUUUCGGGCUAGGGGUGCCACCCUUCGUGGAUUUUCCAAAGGACCUGCGGCAUUUGAUCUCCACGAAGCCGUAUUUCUGCCAGGGCGGAUUUCAAAUAUCUGGCGCGGAGAUCUCACCGCUCGAGGAAGCCGAGAUCCAAGAAGUGGCAGAGAAGCUGGUCAACGAUGAUAUUCUGGACGUUGUUGUCGCUGGGAUCUAUUCGCCGUUGAACUCACAACAUGAGGUCGAGGCGGGCAAGAUACUGCUUGACAGAAUGAAUGAGCUAUGCACUGCUCGUGGUCUGUCAAACCAUCCAAGAAUCACAUUGUCGCAUCGCAUUUCAUCGCUUGGUUUCCUUGCUCGAGAAAAUGCAGCAAUACUCAAUGCUACUCUGAGACGCCUCGCCGAAAGGACCAUUUAUGGAUUUGAGAAAGCCAUGCAGGAUAUCUUCGUGGGUAACACAUGCGCAUUAUACCUUACGCAGAAUGAUGGUAGUGUUUUAAGUGCUGCGGAUGCUGUUGAUCUUCCAAUCAGGACUUUUAACUCAGGUCCUACGAAUUCCAUCCGUGGUGGAGAGUUCUUAUGGAGAGCAGCUAGCACCGCAGCAGGUCAGGGUCAGGCCGAUCGUGAGGAUGCUCUUGUUGUGAUCGAUAUCGGUGGAACCACUUCUGAUAGUGGUCUUCUGCUGCCUAAUGGCCUGCCCCGAAUGAGCUCGGUAAUGAGUCUUGUUGGUGGGGUUCGCACUAAUUUCGCAUUACCCGCAGUUGAAAGCAUUGGACUAGGUGGUGGGAGUAUCAUCAGAGGAGAAGAGCCCGCUCUGACCGUCGGUCCUGACAGUGUCGCUCUCGAACUCCUUCAAAAAGCUCUCUUAUUUGGCGGUGAUACCUUAACGGCAACUGAUGUCGUCGCUGCUUCUGCAGUGCAUGCACCAUCGGGUGACAGUCCACUGAAAGGGCUGGGAAACCCGGACAAUCUUGGCCACCUGACAGCUGGGGUAAUCAAUAGCGCCAAGGAUAGAAUGCGGAAAAUGAUCGAAGAACUGGUUGAUCGGACUAAGGUACAAAAGGGCGAUAUCGAUGUCCUGAUCGUUGGAGGAGGUGCUAUCGUCAUUGAUAUUGGAAGACCACUCUCAGGCGUUCGUGCCGUACGGAAAGUCAAGGGUGGAGAAGUUGCCAAUGCAGUUGGUGCAGCGAUCUCUCGUGUGUCAGGUAUUGUGGAUACUGUCGUUGACACAUCGCAAAAGUCGUUGAAGGAAGCCCAAAAGGAAGUGUCUAAUAUGGCUAUUGAUGUUGCCGUCAAGAACGGAGCACGCCGUGAUACUGUUGAGAUAGCAGAAAUAACUGUGCUCCCCAUCCAGUAUGUUGACGCCAAGGCACGAAUUCUGAUACGAGCUGUGGGUGAACUCGAUGUUGUCGAGCAGAUCAACAAACGAGGCUCAAGCGUCCUGGCUGUACCGGAAUCCCACAAUCUGGAAAGAAAGCUACCGACGUCCAUCUCCCGUGGAACAGACGAGCAAAAACUCCACGAUCUUGAGGCAUACAAACCAAACAUUGAGAACAAGGAGUGGAUCAUUUCAAUACUUGACCUGAAGUGGAUUGCAGAUGGUUGUAAAGUUCUUGGUUGUGGAGGCGGCGGCGAUCCAUACCAACAGUAUUUGAAGAUAAGUUCCAUCCUCGAGAAGUCGCCUGGAAGCAUCAGGGUGGUAUCACCUUUUGAUCUGCCCGAAAAAGCUAUGGUUGGAUGGACAGGUUGUCUGGGGAGUCCUGAAGUCAGCAUGGAGCGCAUGGAGUCCGAUGAAUGCAACAAAGCUCAUGAUGAGUUGACAAGGGUAAUGGGCUACCCACCUGCCGACGCGUUCAUGGCUCUGGAGAUCGGUGGGGCGAAUGGGGUCGUCAAUCUCGAGGUGGCAGCUGCACAUGGUGUAGCUUGUGUUGAUGCUGACUUUAUGGGACGGGCCUACCCAACUGAUUGGCAGACGACAGCCAAUGUGUAUGGUGACGGGCAAGGUAGUGGGCUUCUGCCAGCCACCAUUGCUAGUGGCGAUGGGUCUUCCAUGACCAUGACAGGUUCUCGAACAGACAAACUCGUCGAUAGAGCACUCCGAGCAGCUGUUGUAGAGAUGGGGUGUCGAGCAGGAAAAGCAGGUCCUCUCAAAUCUGCCAAGAUGGUCCAGGAUCAGGCCAUCGUCAACACGGUUUCAUUGGCGUGGUUAGUUGGCCGCUCCAUUGCACUCGAGAGGAGCAUCAAAGACAAGGCCAAGCGUAUCAUAGAUGCUGUCGGCGGAUCCGAAAGUGCAAAGAUCCUGGCAGAAGGAAAGAUCACCAGCGUCGAGCGUGUUCUUAAGACAGGCCAUACAUAUGGGAUUGUUGAGAUUGAUGGCGUGCUGGAGGAUGGGUCCAAGGCCAUCAUCAGAAUCCCUUUCAAGAAUGAGAACGCUUAUGUGGAGGCCACAAAUUCAAGCAGUGGUGAGGUGUCAAUCCUGGCUGCGGUACCAGAUUUGAUUGCUGUCCUUGAUUCAGAGACUGGGACCGGAUUAGGGACGCCCGAAUACAAAUAUGGCUUGAAGGUGACAGUGAUAGCCAUUGCAGCAUCGCCCAGGUGGACAGAUACUCCUCGUGGGCUUGAACUCGGUGGUCCAGGUUCAAUGGGUUUUGAUUACAUCAAAUACGUGCCUAUCGGUAAGUACAGCAAGCCAGCAAGUGUGAUCGAGACAUACUCCUGA